ACGAGUUCUUCCACUUCGUCCUCCUCUGCUUUGGCAUCGGGGCCCUGCUGGUGUGCUAUCACUACUACGCGGAUUGGUUCAUGUCCCUCGGGGUCGGCCUGCUCACCUUCGCCUCCCUGGAGACGGUCGGCAUCUACUUCGGGCUGGUGUACCGGAUCCACAGCGUGCUGCGAGGCUUCAUCCCCCUCCUUCAGAAGCUCCGGCUGCUGG